CCUCGAUUGAUCUCAUCCCGACCUUGCUCCAACCCAUUCAACACGCGAAUCACCUUGAGCAAGUACCAUCCCGACGGGCUCGACAUAUUUUCUUGCGCCGUCCUGUGUAUUUAUUCAUUACGUUCCCUCUCAAUCCUUAAUUCAUUUCUUGUUCUUUUUUUUCUAAGGCUCCCUGUAUAAAAGGUGGCGCCACUCAUUUUCUGUUGUCUCCAUCAUUCGCGGAAGUGGAUCGGAGUCGAUAAUAAAACGUGACGAAGCAUAACCGACAAGACUUCGUUGCUGUCCAACGCGCGACAACCAUUCGAACAAACAACCAUCACGAGCUAUCUUAGCUCCGCACGACCUUCAUACCUUAAAAGCAUUGCGACUUACAUAUUGGCGACAAUUUAGUCGCAGAAGCAGUGGAUAACCACUGCUUCAUAACCCCAAGCCGGCACGAUGAACGGUAAUCAUCUGCCGGCUGGGCAGCCUAUGCCAGGAGGUGUUGGCGGAGGACCAUCGGUUGUAGCAAGAGGACAAGUUGAUAUGGGAGGUCCAGGACAUGGUGGUGGUCGGCGGCGACCACCACAACACCAAUAUCCUGCCCAUCCUCAAUAUCAUCACCAACAACACGUCAAUCCCAUGUACCACAACGGCUACAUGUCACCAUAUACCCCAGGCUACUACCCUCAAGUUCCACAUCACUACCAGAACAACGCUUUGCCUACCUCGCCGUAUUAUCAACAAUACCCUCCGUACCCUCAGCGAUCUCCUCCCUCAAUCCAUCAGCAGUACCCUACUAUCGUCUCGUCGAGUAUGCAACCUCCUCCUCAGCCCUACUCUCGACCACCUCCGCAACAACAACCUUCUCCAGCUCUUUCGACACCACCUCCUCCGUAUACCGCAUCGGCGCCGCCUCCAUCUGCUCCUGUACCCGCAACGCCAUCCUCUACGCACUCUUCUCAAGUCCUUCAAACCCCCUUGACACCUUCUACAUCGCACACCCAGGAAGUCGCGUCUACCACCUCAGACGUCGAAUUGCGGCCAACCGCCGCUCCUUUUAGGCCACCGCUACCUUGGCUAUCGCGACCUGAUCUACCCUUUCCUGCGAAAUCUGCUCGGUCAAGAAGAAGAAGGCGGAUACAAGCUAUUGAUGCUGGGCCGAUAGAAUUGCCUUCAAAUCAAAUAAAAGGGGUCGAGUCUGAGGCAGUAACGCAUGAAGAAGUUUCGGGAGGUAAUAUCUCUCAGCCCGAAACUCCGACUCUCAAGUCCACCACAGUUACCACCAACACGACUAACACCGACGCCGAGUUACCCACGCCCACACACUCCGAAGUGCCAUCAACACAGGGUGUGCCACCGGAGAAUGCGCAGUCAACUUCACCUUCUACGCCUCAGUCGGCGCAAGCAAGUCAAUCUACUGCUGCCACAUCUGUCGCUUCUAGCAAACACACCAAGAUCCCUUCUCGCGCGGCUGUACCAGCCGUUCCGAUUCUCCCUGUACUUCCAAAGGCAAGCCCUAAAGAGGCCAGUGCGCCCAGUGUUGAGGCCAAGCCAGUAGAAGCGAAGCAACCUGAGCAGCAAGUUACGAUUGAGAAGCCUGCCGAAACUGCGGGUAGAUCACAAGAUAUUUCCGAAGCUGAAGCUAAAUCUGAACCAGCCGCUGCCCCAGCGAAAGCUGGACCAAAAUUAUGGACUGGGUUAUUUUCUCGUCCGACGCCAGCCACCCCUUCAGCCGCCACCACUGCUGCGGGUUCUUCGGGCACUGGCGCCACAGCGACCACUACUUCUGAUGGUACGGCUUCGACUAAUGGGAAUGUGGGUGUAGGCACUUUUGCGAAGUCUAAUGCGAGCUCUUUGGCCGAGGCCCUACGAGUUUAUCGUGUUAAUGGAGGCGAAAAGAUCGCCUUUUUAGAGCCCAGGGGCUUGAUUAACCCUGGCAAUAUGUGUUAUAUGAAUUCAGUUUUGCAAGUUCUCAUUUUCUGCAUUCCGUUUUAUGACUUCCUGGAUCAGGUCAGCAAGAAAGCGGCGCAUAGUUUCAAAAGCGAAACACCCCUAAUUGAUGCCAUGAUUAUGUUCAUGCGCGAAUACAAAAUCAUUGAUUCUGCUGUAUCCGUUGAGCAGCUACGUUUGAGGCUUAAGAACGAGGAGCUAGAACAAUAUGGUGAACCCUUCACUCCUGAGUUUGUCUACGAUGCUAUAAGGAAGCUUCCUAGAUUUGCUAGUAUGAGACGUGGACACCAGCAAGACGCCGAGGAAUUCCUCGGCUUCCUCUUAGAGGCAUUACAUGACGAAUGUGCGCAAGUAAUGCGUCACUUGCCCGAAUCAACUGCAACUACUGCUGCAAAUUCUUCAGCCGCUACACCUGCGGCCGUAUCUCCUACAAGUGCGCCAGAUACCAACGAUUGGCUAGAAGUAGGUCGGCGCCAGCGCGCUGUUAUUACUCGCUCAUCUGGACACCCUAUUACUUCGUCUCCUAUUACUAAGAUCUUCGGUGGACAAUUGAGGUCCGAGCUGAAAGUGCAAGGCCUGAAGGAUUCUGUUACCUUGGAGCCAUUCCAGCCUCUUCAACUAGAUAUUGGCUCACCUCAGGUUCACAAUAUCGUUGAUGCAUUGAAGGGAUUGACGUUGCCUGAAACUCUCCAUGGUGACUUCGGAUCUCCAAGAGGAAAAGACGGAGUGGCUACUAAGCAAGUUCUCAUCGAGUCUCUGCCACCAGUCCUGAUUCUCCAUCUGAAGCGUUUCCAGUUUGAUGCCGAAGGUACUGGAACUGUGAAGAUUUGGAAGAAGGUCGGAUACCCGCUUGAACUUGAGCUCCCUAAAGAGGUCUUUUCUCGACAGAAGAGGAACGCUCUUACUGCCGAGGGAGCGGGUUUCCCCAAAUAUCGACUAAUUGCCGCCGUUUACCAUCACGGCAAGAAUGCAAGCGGCGGUCACUAUACGGUCGAUCUCCGACGACAGGAUGGUCGUGAGUGGAUCCGUAUGGAUGACACUGUCAUUCGACGAGUCAGGAGUGAGGAUGUCGCCCAAGGAGGGGUGGAGGAAGAUGGCCCUAAGACAUCAACUCAAGCCAACAAGAAGGAUGGUAUUGUGGGCGGAUCUGGAAACAGAUUCGAGGGAAUCGGGAACGAUGAAGCCGGUGAUGAUGAGGGGUGGAACAAAGUCAGCAAAGUCAGCGCUCCAGUGAACGGAGCAAAGAAAUGGAGUUCCGUUGUUAAUGGAGCACCGAACAACGCCACUGCGCAAGCGAAAGGAAAGCAGACAAAGGACAACAUCAAAGAUAAUAAGGUCGCUUACCUUUUGUUCUACCAGAGAGUCUAGGAGGUUAUAAUGCCUUGAGACGACGGGAACAUGUCAUCCGUCAGCCGCCGGUGUGAAGGACUAGUUGAGCGGAUGAGGCAUUGGUAUACUCGCAGGUGGGGUGUUGUUGGUACAACAUGGUCAUAAGGUGUAUCAAAAGUUCAUCUACGCAUUGCGAGGGUAUUCAUGGACAGGAAGGAAGGAAAAAGGGGUUCGCAGGGGUGGCUGGUUAGCCUAUUGAAAAGUCACCAGUGUCUUGUCGUGGUUGCGACAGGGUCCUCCUAUUAUCUA